AUGGCAGAAGUUUCCAAGCCAGUAUACACGACCGCCUACAAGGAGCAUCCUACUGAAAGGAUGAAGGCCGCUCUUUGGACGGGUACAAAGUCCAUCGAGCUGGGUGAAGUCCCGAAGCCUGUCAUCACUGCGCCCGGCGAUGCAAUUGUGCACAUCACUCACUGCACCAUCUGCGGUUCGGAUCUGCAUAUGUACAAUGGUGAUCUGAACAAGGUCAUGGAAAAGGGAUUGAUCAUGGGCCACGAGGCUAUCGGCAUCGUUGAAGACGUUGGGCCACAGGUAAAGAAUCUAAGUCCAGGAGACCGAGUUAUCAUCCUUCCAGUCAUUGCGUGCGGAGAAUGCUUCUACUGCAAGCGGAAGGAAUUUUCACUCUGUGACAAGACCAACCCUUCUGAAGAGUUGGAGCAGAUGUACGGUCAUCGCUUGUCUGGCAUUUUCGGAUAUUCUUUGAUCACUGGAGGUUAUCCUGGUGACCAGGCUGAAUAUUGCCGUGUUCCCAAUGCGGAUCUUACCUGCGUCAAGGCUCCCAAGGACAUAGAUGCCAAGAAGCUGGUUGGUCUUGCUGACGUGACUCCUACUGCCUGGCAUGGCAACGAGUUGGCCGAGGUAGGCAAAGGCGAUGUCGUCGGGGUCUGGGGAUGUGGCGCAGUCGGCCUAUCUAUCCAACGUCUAGCCAAGCUCCGUGGAGCCAGCAAGGUCUAUGCCGUCGACAAAGAUGCGCAUCGCCUUGAUAUUGCAAAGUCUUUUGGUAUGAUUCCCAUCAAUGUCAAGCAUCAUCCUGAUCCUGCGAGUUACAUCUUGUCUCUCGAACCCCAUGGUCUGGAUCGUGGUAUCGAAGCCAGUGGCUUUAGGAGCACCAACUCAGCCACUCAUGCUGCUAUGAGAGCGAUGGGUGUUGAGGGAGACAGCUCGGAUACCGUCAGUGCUGUCAUCAAGGCAACUCGCAAGGGUGGAAAUGUUGCGUUAAUCGGUGACUUUUUCUACACGACCAACAACUUUCCAAUUGGAAUGUUGAUGGAAAAGGCUAUCACUUUACGUGGGGGUCAGCUCUAUGCUGAAAAGUAUUUCCCACUCCUUUUGGACUUGGUUAUUGAAGGCAAAUACGACCCCUCGUUCAUGUUUACGCAUGAAGAUGAUUUGGAAAACGUCUCGCAGGCCUAUCAUGACUUUUUCAAUCACAAGACCCCUGGAGGAUUGAAGGUCUGCCUCUCAACUGCCUUUGGUAGGGCUCAGGCACGUGCUUAG